CCGGUUAAGGGAAAAUGAUGCAUAAAACAAAUGAGCGAAAAAUACGCAUGUACAUUUAUGUAGAAAGCCGGGUAAGAAAAUAUGCCCCACGUUUUUUUUAUAUAUACUGACAUACGUGCGUACCUGCUGCAAUUUUUUUACUUUUUUAACUUGGGGGUCCCCAAUUUGUUCAAACUUCGUCGCCUUACAAAUUAUGAUUAUAACCCUUUUUGAGGAUUAUUGGACGAACGAACGUACUUCCCAUUGUGUCAACUCGCCGCGCUGUUUUUAUUUAUUCAUUUGCUUCCUUUUGCCCUCCAUUUGAAUGUACCAAAGGGAAAAAAAAACUGCCGCAAUUAAUGGCCCUUUCGAACUUUUAAAACAAAAAAAUGAGCAAUAAAAGGGCUAAAAAUAAACAGCUAAAGAGAAAGAAUGACGCGGGUGCGAGGAAGCAGAAAUUUGUCAAGUUUAGAAGAAUAAAGAAGAUUAAAUUUAAAGACGAAAAGAAAGUGUUCCUUCCGAAUGAGGACAAGGAAACGAAAGUGAAGACCCCAUCGAAAAGAAAACUUCGCACCUUAUACAAGAAAAAGGAGUUCAAAAAAAAACGGGACAACCAGACAAAUGAAUAUCUAACCUUGAAGAAAGAGCUGACCGCUCAGACAUUCGAUGAGCAGAGACGUUGCCUGUUUGCCAUCCGAAAUAACGUCGAGUGUAUUUCCUCCUCCCCCAGUGAAGUCCUUCAGAAACUCAAACUGACGGAGAAGUACCACGGCGUGCUCCUCAUCAACACGAAGGCAAACAUGAAAAAGCUAUUCCUGGUGAAGCAGUACGUAUGUUAUGGGUACAUACAAAAGUACACCCUGUACAGUUUGAUGGAAAAAAAAUUAUUUUUAAAAGACGGGAACGAAAUAAAACGAUGUGACUCCAAUAAAAUUGUAGAAAAGCUUUUUAGCAAAAAUGGGAUUUAUUCCUUUCCCUCAUUUUGCGAAUAUAUAUUUGAAUGCAAAAGUAACGCGGACCAAAUGAUGAAGGAACAGAUCGUUCCCUUUAACUUCUCCUACUUAAUUAGCGAAAUGACGUUCGAUUUUCUGCAAUUUAAAAAUGAGCUUGCCGGAUUUGUCAAGGAGGGAAUUAACGAAAUUCUGGAGAAGAUAAUUUGACCACGCCGCACCAUAGGGAUCAGUGUUUGCUUAAGUAGGUAGGUGGGGAGGGGUGUAUGAGAAGGGUACUCUCACCGUCUGCAGCACCGUCACCUCCAUCACUACUCCCCCACCACGUGUGUGCAAAAUGCUCGCCUGUAGGAUGACUGAACUGUCACCUUCACCAUUUGACACUCCUUUUUUUUAAAGUUAACUUUUUUUUUUUUUUUAAUUAAACCCACAUAAAAAAUGAAAUAAGCC